AAUGGAGGGUUUGAUUUAAACUACAAAUAAUCGCACACAGAUCGGGACAAGAGAGGGGGAGUGGAAGAGCGAGCUCGCCGGAGAGGGAAAGAAAAGAGAUCAUCUUUAAUCUCUCGUUAAACUUUCUCGAUCCAAUCGUUUCCGGCUACCAGAUCUCCCCGUAACCAUGACUACAUCAAGGCGCCUUGCAGAUAGGAAAGUUGAGAAGUUCGAGAAGAACAUUACUAAGAGAGGAGCUGUUCCUGAAACAACUACUAAAAAGGGAAAGGACUAUCCUGUUGGCCCUAUUCUGCUUGGAUUCUUCAUCUUUGUUGUCAUUGGAUCAUCUCUAUUCCAGAUAAUCAGGACAGCAACAAGCGGGGGCAUGGCAUAAAUGUAGACAGAGACUCUGAGAGAUGCAAGACGAUAUUAGCCUCUGUAGUUGAGAUAUGGGAAAUACUUAAUGACUUGUUAUUCAUGUUGCGAACUCUGUUAUCUUAAUAAAAAUGCCCUUUCCUAUUA